CCCCAGGCCUACUGCAAAUAUGCUCUAAAUACACCGAGCACCGGGCCUGAGCAGCAUCACUCUUUCGUUGUUUUCCCGUGUUGAUAAACGUGCCGCCGAGGCCUUUGCGACCAAUACGGCAGCGAACAGCGCCGUUCUGUGUGAGCUGCCUGUUGUCCUCCUCUAACACGGACAAACGUGGCCGCGAGGCCUGCGGCGACGUGUUUUGCAAAGCGCCCAAACGCGCUGAGGCGGUGAAUGGAGCCACUCCGUGUAAGCUUCCUGUUGUCCUUCCCCCGUAGCGCCGCAGGCGAACAGGCGGAGUUCAGUGCUGCUCUUCGCGCGACACACGGAUCUGUUGGUACACAAAUGUCGACGUAGUGGCCGGACCGUUCGCGGGAUGUCCGAGGCGAGCAGCUAACGCAGCCCUCAGUCGGCAAGGGCUGCCUUGCAGAUUUGUCGGUGCAGUGGGCCAGCAGGGGGCGUAGUGGCUAAAGAGGUCCUUUCCAAGCUCAGGGGUCCCGGUUCAAGUCCCGCUCCAGUACCCCGAGGGGGUGCUCGCCUUGAAUUGCGUGAGUGGGACACGUGAAGGAGAGGCACACGGAAGGACCGCACAGAAGCGCUGGGUGCGAAGGGGAGCCUGCAGUGAUGCACAUGGAUAAUGGACACUGGGGAUACAUGAUGGCUGAACCGGUUACUCUGAAUGUGGGAGGUCACCUGUACACCACCUCAAGGUCCACUUUGCAACGCUAUCCUGACUCCAUGCUGGGGGCCAUGUUUCGCGGCGACUUCCCCUCGGCUCGGGAUGCCCAGGGCAAUUACUUCAUCGACCGCGACGGACCUCUCUUCCGCUAUAUCCUGAACUUCCUGCGCACCUCGGAGCUAACCCUUCCCCUGGACUUUAAAGAGACGGACCUCCUGCGCAAGGAAGCAGAUUUUUACCAGAUCGAGCCCCUGAUUCAGUGUCUCAAUGACCCGAAGCCCCUUCACCCGCUGGACACCUUCGAGCAGGUGGUGGAGCUGUCCAGCACUCGCAAGCUCUCCAAGUAUUCAAACCCUGUGGCUGUUAUCAUCACCCAGCUCACCGUCACCACCAAGGUGCACUCGCUGCUGGAAGGUAUCGCCAACAGCUUCACGAAGUGGAACAAGCACAUGAUGGACACCAGAGACUGCCAGGUGUCUUUCACUUUCGGACCUUGCGAUUACCACCAGGAGGUGUCCCUCAGGGUGCACCUCAUUGACUAUAUCACCAAGCAGGGCUUCGCCAUACGGAACACUAGGGUCCAUCACAUGAGCGAACGUGCCAAUGAGAACACAGUGGAGCACCACUGGACGUUCUGCAGACUCGCACGCAAGGCUGAGGACUGACGCGCUCCAUUACUCCUCCUAAAUCGUACCGUCGUCGCGUCAGCGCUGCCACGCGUGAACUUACCGCAGAGGCAGCAGAGCCUCUCCAGCAUAUUUCCUGGAAACAAUUCAAUUUGAACAGAUCGUCAUAAUACGGCAGUUUAAUGGG